CUGAUUUGCAUCCGAAGCAGAAGUAGAGGGAACAUCCCGUCCAUUACCGACACUCGAUGACAGUCGUCGGCGGUGGUGUCUUAGCGGACGGCGCGACGACAUACUGCUGGGCAUCCAAUGCGUCCACGACAGCCGCGCAGGUGGAUGUGGCGUCCUUCGGGGUCCUGGGCACAGGGAACGGCUACACGUGUCCUGUGUGGGUGUCCCUGAACGUGAAUCGAACGUACGCUACCGGCGCCAAACCAACGAUCUCAUGGGCACUACUGAUGCUGGACCCGUCGGCGUCUUCAUCUUGGGCUGCGUUUGCUCUCAAUCCCAUCACACAGAACGUCACGACGUCCCAACUGUUCUACUGCCAGGCCGACGCGGAGGAGAAUUGCCGGCCCUUCCGCGGCGCCGCCAAGCCCCUGUCGUCGCCCAUCUUUGCCCAGUCGUUCCAGCAAAAGUCGGCUUCGUUUUCCAGCGUCGUGGAGUUGCCAUCGACGCCUGGGACGUACAUCGUCUUUGCCACCACGACCCUGCCAACCGCCGUGAUCACGUCCAACCGGCUAGACAUCGCGCUCUUUACAACCAUCACCAUCACAGGCCAAGUUCAAGCAGAAUCGUCCGCCGCCUCCCACACUGCGAUGUAUGUCGGCGUCGGUGUCGGCGCGGCUCUUCUCGUGCUGGGGAUUGUCCUGUGGUGCUGCAUCACACGAAGGCGGAUGCGCCGACUCGAAAUGGAACUACAUCGUGCGACGUUUGCCACUAGCUCGUUGCCAAGGUCCGUGAGCAGCUACCGCCCCAAUCAUCAUGUUCGGCACGACUCGCAUCUGCAUUCGCUACCCAAGCUCAGCUUUAGCUCGCACCAGCAUGGAGGAGUGGCGCGUCUGUCAUGUGAAGACGGAGUCGACUACGCACUUAACCGCCACCCCUACCACCACCAGUCGCCAGCCAUAUUUGAAUUGUCCCCUCGUCAGUACCACCAUCAUGCAGACGUCGACUUCGUCCUGCACCCGCGACUGUCGGCGUCGGAAUACUAUUACCCCCAAGAACUGCCGCGAGACGAUGUAUCCCAUCAUCAUGUUCAUUCGAAUAGUCGCCAGUACAGCGUGCCUCGAAACUCGGACCAUUACACGGACGUGGCGUUCUUCCCGCAAGAAGAGGAUACUGUCGGCGACAUGUACCAGUACUGGAGGCAGCAGCACCCCCAACCCACGACCCCGUCCGACUCGUCCACAGACUACUCGACGCAACCGCAGUACCCACUCCGCUAUCAUGGCGAAUGCUAAUACAAAACGACAUAUGUGAGUGGCGAAAUGGUUUGAGGCUUUGGUGAAUAUGAGAUUCGGCGGCGGCUAUUGCCCCGUCAGUCACUAGUGCUGUAGUUGAAACGAAAUCAAGAUGUAUAUAUAAG